CCUAUAGAACUUAUUAUUUUUUGUGAGCGAUUGCUCUUCUUCUCAAGUUCCAUUCACUGAAUGACGACGUUCGCAAAGGAUAUUCGUCCUUAGACUCAGUGUUCUUCGAUUGCUCAAUGAUGUCUUCUUUGCAAGUCGUCUCCAACUCUUCGCCCAAGUAUGCCCAAACUAACAGUCUCAAUGGAAUACCUCCAAACCUUGUACUGAAGUCCAGCGAUUCCGAGCUAUUCUAUGUUCACACCCACCGACUAAACUCUGCAUCGACCAACAAAUUUCAAGGCCGUACAGCUGCGACCAAUGACUCAGUUGUUGACGUACCAGAAAAUUCUCAAAUUCUUACCAUCAUCCUUGACAUCAUAUAUCGUAACGCCAGUGCUGCCGAAGAUUUUGCUCCCCCCUUUCCUUUUGAUAUUCUUGCGGCAGCAAUUAGUCGUCUGCCCGUCUAUGGCGUUGAUGUCCAAGCUCAACUCAACCUGGAUCGAUUCAAUGUUGACCCUACUGUGCCUGCGCAACCUAUCUUUCAAGCUUUAUAUUCACAUGCAAUGACACAUCCGCUUCAAUUAUACAUACUCGCUGCUCACUAUAACCUGGAAUCCCUCGCGAUCGCGGCUUCUUCGCACCUUCUCGGGUUACACAUCACCGAACUCACAGACGAACAGGCUGAAGUUAUGGGUCCUGUGUAUUUGCGCCGACUCAUCUUGAUGCAGACCCAACGAGAGGAGGCUUUGAAAAAAAUUCUACUUCAACCACCGUACCCACAUCCUUCCACACCCGAAUGCGACGUUCUGAAUCAGAAGACACUCACGAGAGCUUGGCCGGUUAUUGCUGCUAACUUUGCCGGGGACAUUCGAGCUGAUUUGCCUUCGACUGCUCUGGAACGCAUCCUCAGUUCAUUGGCUGGGUACGUCUCAUGUGAGCAGUGCAAGUCCUCCAUCGAAGAACAAGUUGCCAGAAUCAUUAUCGAGUGGGAAUCAGUCAAGGUCACGAUCUGAUUGCAUUAUCACUUACAACCCGACCGCACAUAUGUACCCAUAGUACCACUCUCAUACUAGUGUCAUAUUAUUACCCUUUACUGUAUUUUUUGCUGAUAGAUUUAUCCAUGUAUGUAUCUUACAUACGCCUACCAACGAUCAUGAAUGAAUAUCUGAUUUUUGCCGCUCGGAAUCUUAUCGGAGGAGCUACGUAAUAUCUUGGAAUCUUU